CUGCAACGUAACUCUUCAUAUGAGGGAGAAAACGCUUAGGUUUACUUUUGCACACUGGCAUCGCUGUCCACGCACUGGACGCUUCACCAAUCAGAACUCGUCAUCGAUUCCAUGGGAACGAAGUAGAUGUUACCUUACUUGCCUUAUUGGACGUCGUCGGAUUUCGCUCUUAUCUAGGGCUAUAAGUUCUGUUGUCUUGCGAGUGUGCUCAUUAUGGCAGGCGUCUAUCCCGAAGACCUUGAGACACUGGUCCCUGCAGAAAUUCAUUUUGAGCACCCUACUCCUCAUCCUGUACAGCCUACAGCGCCCGAAGUUGCGAAUGCCGAAGGACUGAAGGGCUUGGAAAGGAGUACUCGUACUCUGCACUCCCGGGAUCCAAAUGGAAGUGAUACAUCUGUGCAGGAUCUCCCAAUGGACGAAGAAGGACGGAGCGGAUCGUGUCUCGUUGAAGGGACAAUUCCUCUCCAAUCGUCUCAGUCACAACAGCGAGCCACAAAUCAAAUCAUAAUGGUUUCGGGCCAAGAGAAGGAGGCUGCAAAUGGAUUAGAGUUCAAAAGCAGCGACACUCCCGAUCAUGUGCUGCCAGUGCAUGUCACUCAUUAUGACGAUAUCCAGAAUAUGGAUGUAGAUCCCAACUCAACAAGCCCUCGCCCCACAGUGAAACAGCCGUUGGGCAGCGCCAAAAAUGUCUCCGAGACUAACGUGAAGGCCACGGAGAAAUCAAAGAAGCUCUCUUUUGCAAUCGGUGCAACGCCUGGACGGAGUCGAGCUCACAAGAGGAUUACUUUGUCACAAUUGGAAGCAGAGACAUCGCGCUCAGGCGAUAGCCAGCCAAAAAUGGGCGCCAAGAGUACCCCAUUUCUGUCCUCCGUAGCAGGAUCAGGAAGGGUAUCGCGGUCAUCAGGGUUGGAAACCUCAAAACGGGAGAGCAAUACUGAAUCAGGAGCGAGCGUCCCUCUAUCAGGGGUGUUAUUGUCACAUUACGACGAUCAGCUGGCUCCUCAUGAGGAUGUAGAGCCGCCGCGACCAUCACCAUCUGCGAAUGGGCCAAUCAUUGGAAUGGCCGAUUCAUUACCAUCUGCUCGCCAAUCUGUUUCGUCCAAUACACAAAUUGAGUCUACUCAUCCGGGCGGGAAGCACGAGAGACUCAGGAGUCAGGCCAUCAGGAAGAGAUCUUUUGAAGAAAAAAAGUCGCCUGGGUCUGUAGCGCAACAUGGUGCCACAUCGGAAGCGGCCUCUAUUUCUCGCCAAUCUCCGGAGCAUGACCUACUGGUAUCCACACAGACUACCCUACUUACUGGUCGUUCAUCGGCAGGAAAGGAGCUACGCAAGGUUAACGCGGCAGUGGUCAAAGAGAGACAGCCAAAUGCCGUCCCGAGGGAUUUGAAAAGCCCUCCUAAAUUCGACAAAUUCAAAAUUUACCGAAGCAUUGAAGCACAUUUUCAAAACCUGGAGCAGAUUGGCCAGGGGACUUUUGGCACUGUAUUCAAGGCACGAAUCAAACAUAACGGUCAAAUUGUGGCACUUAAACAAAUUAUCGACAAGAAAGGAAAGAAUAAUAUCUUCACUGUGCCCAACAUGCGAGAGUUUCGGUUUCUCAUGAAAUAUCGACACCGGAAUAUCCUCCAAUGUAUUGGGAUGGUAUCAUAUGAUAAGCCACAAGCAUUCGGACAGGAGGUGCAUGAGUAUAUGAUUCUGGAAUACAUGGAUCAUGACCUUGCUGGCCUUAUGCAGCACCAUCCCGACAAGCAACUGUAUAAACUCAAUCAUUUGAAAUGCAUAGCAAAGCAAAUGUUCGAAGGAAUGCAUUAUAUGCAUUCUAAAGGCGUCAUGCACCGGGACCUGAAAGUGGGGAAUCUUCUGUUGAAUAAUCGCGGAGAGUUGAAAAUUGCGGACUUUGGCUUUGCCAGGGAGAAGGAUGUUUAUGAUGAAAAAGGAUAUACUAAUCGCGUGUGUACCGUCUGGUAUCGACCUCUUGAGGUGCUACUCGGCCAGUUGCACUAUGGAUAUGAAAUUGAUAUGUGGGGUGCGGGGUGCAUUCUUGCAGAGAUGUUUAUAAAGUAUCCCAUCUUCCACACCUCUCGGGGCCGGGACACCGAACAAGUGAAACGCAUCUUCAGCAUUUGUGGUCAUCCUACGGACGAGAACUGGCAGCUUUAUCGCAAAAUGGACCACAGUUGGUCCAAGAUGUGGUUGAAACCAAAGCAAAAGUAUCCAAGGCGGCUGGAAACCUAUCUGAAUGAAAAAGCCGUCACUCCGGUUACACCAAUGGCUGUGGAUCUCAUCUCCCGCCUUCUCUCCUAUGAUCCAUCGCAGAGACCGAGCGCGAAGGAGGCGUUGGAUCAUCCAUUCUUCAAAACAGAGACACCGACCCCAUGCCUUCCAAAGGAUUUACCAGUCGUAGAAGGAUCAUGGCAUGAAUAUGAAUGCAAGGAGAGAAUAAAGCAGCAAAAAGGAGGUAGAAAGUCGGAGACCAAUUUUCUUGUGACCGGUGCAAAGUCGGCACCAACCGCUUCAAAAUCCGGAAUGGACUCUACACAAGAUUCCCAGUCCUCAGCGGCUGUGACAGGACGUGACCCUUCCUCCGCCGACGUAGGAGCUGCAGACGACCGGAGUGUCUGGGAUGAACCACGUCAAACUUGGUGGGACCCUAUAUCUGAUAGUCUUUGGGACCAAGACAGGUGGGUACCCCUCCAUGAGUUUGACCGACGACACUAUUCGAAUCAUUCGUGGACUGCACCACACUUUGGCGACGGGCGGGCUCAUCCCGGACAUGACGUCCGGUACAACACACCACGUCGGGCAUAUGACAAUUUUGAGAAGUACCACCCAUAUGGAGCUCACGGAGACCGCCAACGAACCUACUGGGCCCCUCCGCGAGAGUCACCGCUAUAUGCGCGUUCUUCUAGAGGAGUCAAUGGGGACGCCCGGCACCCAGGACAGUCGACCUCUGUUCCAGCUUGGAGCGAUGUUUCAAGCCGCCAUGAUGCAUCUCAACCUCCCGAUCCAGAAGCACCCGGCUCCGAUCGAUUGAGGCGUAGAGAUGAGAAUGACAUCGGUAGUACUGAAAGCAGCAUUGUCUCAUCGGGCAGAUUUUUGCGCAAAUCCCAGGAAACCUUUAAGGGGGACAGACGUCCUAUACCCGGGCCCGUCGACUCAACAGCGAAUCGCAGCCACACAGAUGAUACCCAGACGCACUCUGAGAUUGGAUCCGAUGUAGCGCACACGGUGGGCCUUAGUGGCUUGUCGAUGAAGCGGUCGCAUUAUUCUGAUAUAUCAUCAGUGAGCGAUCGAGAUGUCCGCUCCCAUGACGUCCUGAUACAAGCUGUUUUCAAGGAGCCUUACAGUAUUCGUGAGGUACUAGCAACUGAAAAUGCCGCACAAUCCAACGAUAUGUACGGGUACGGGGAUAGGAGCCGCGUGAGGCGUUCGUCCGAUGCCGUUGGUGAAACAGUGAGAAAAAUGGAACCUUCCCGUGAGUUGAUUGGCAUUGCCGACGCCGAGCGGCACAGCGCGGACGGUGACACUCAUUACGACGCCGACAAGGGACAAGGGAAGGUCCACGACCGUAGGAAAGACUGGGAAAGAGACCGCGGGCGCGAUCGGGACCGGAGACGGGGUGAUAGGCGCGACCAUAGUAGAGACAGAAGUUGGAGCAGAACUCGGCGUCGCCAUAGCUAUGAGCACAGUCGAUCCAGGGAGCGCAAUUCCUAUACAUAUAGAGACCGGGCCAGACGCGCGAGGUCUCGGGAAGGUUCUCGCAGCCGUAGUGGUUCUCGUGACCGUUCACACGACCGCCGCUAUCAGCACGCAGCACGUCGGAGCCGGAGCCGGUCACCCGGAGUCGGCAGUCAAAGUCGCGGGGACAGUCGCAGAGAUUCAUUUUCAAGUGCUGCAAGCUACUCUACUUUUGAGAAAGAGUCGAAACUGUCGUUGACGGCCGAAUUGGCUAUGGAACCUAAUGUAAAUGAAAUGACCAGCAGUUCAUAUAAACGGCAGCGGGAUUCAAGUGAACAGCCCGGAGAGGAGCGAAGCAGCAAACGGAGAUGCUCAAAUGCUAGUGUGAAGAUACCGGUGGAAAAGGUGGACGGCUCCCUCGAUGUAAGCGAUGGACUGGCGAUGACCAAAUUAGUGCCAAGAUCUCACCAGUCUACCAAUGUUAAGGAUGACGCUGGGCAACUGGUCGAACAAAACAUGUCUUUUCCCUGUAAUCAACAGGGGGAAGGGGUGGGGGGCGGUGAGGUAGUCCGCGGCAGUACUUGCGAGGUUCUAAUCGCAGCUGCAGCUAUAAAGGAUGCCUCUACUACAAGGCAGACCGCCGUACUCCCCAUUGUAGAGUCUCCAUCUGCCGGAGGCAAAAUACCCGUCCGUGGUCAGCAAAUUACGAUGAUUCCUAUACCUGGAGAGGAGAUUUCCAACGGCGAGACCAAGAGCCCAGAUGUUUUGAAAAGCUUAUUACCGGAUUUUCCAGUAGAGACGUGGUCCGUGAGUGAACGGUUUCGUCGGCUGGACCACGUCUAUUGUUCGAGAUUUGCCGAUGACGCCGCGCAGUUUUUUGAGACCUUGAGGACAUUGACAACUACCCCAAUUUCUAUCCCUUUACCAGCAGAUGGUGUGGAUUGCGCAGGUAUGGAAGGAGGAGAUCAACCCGUUCCGUUCAAUAACUCGACGCAUCGUCUGGUCAGUAUCUCGCGGUGCAAUAUUUGGUCGUUGGACCAUCCCUAUACACGGGGAGGAAUACACGUAAACAAGUUGGACUGAGUGUUGUGUGCCGGCGUAUAUAUGGACCAAGUUUGCCUGCUUUCCGGAUAGGACUCGCUCUUAUGAGCGAUGGUAAUACCAUUGGUGGCACUACACCUGUGGAGAAUUUCCGUGCGACGAGCACGGUUGUUCCUUGAUUAAUCUCCAGCAGUGCGCCCGCAGUUGUCUGGACAAGACCAUGGGGUUUGCGAGCGUUAAAGUCUUACACAUCAUAUUCAUUCACCUGUAUACGUUUUGUUCCGUGCCUUCCUUGUAAAAGGUGUAAAUAGAAGUGGAUCUGCAACGGAAUAUAAACUUGUUGAUACCCGAGGCGAAAUUGGACAGUUGGCCUAUGUCUAAAUCUGAUGACAAGAGAAUACACUGCUCCAGUUCUUUGUUCAGGCUCUC